GUUUGCGUGAUUUCCACCGCAGUAGAAAUCUUCGGAGAGAGCAUCUUAGCCGGGAUCUGAUUGAAAAUCUCUCUUGAAGGACAAUAUUGAUUGCUCCAAGUUUUGAGCUCGGAUGAGGUGACAGGCCAACAAGAUGGCUGCAGUUGCCGGACACUUGCCGAGAAAAUAUUUCCGGGCCCAGGUGAGGAAAGAGAAACGGAAGAGGAAAAGACAAGCAGCUGCACAGUUUCGAGAUGCACAGAGGAGAGAUUUUCCAGCAGAUGAGGAAGAUGAAGAUGAAAUGCAAGAUGCAGGAGGAGGCGCAAUGGAGGCAGAACAAAAGGAAACAGAUUAUUGUAUAGCCAGGAACACAGAGAGGAAUGGAGAGGAGGCGGCUUGGUUGGAAAGAGAGCAAAUUGCGCAAGCGGAGUUUGAAAAACGGCGGAAGAUUGCCGAAGCCUUGAAAGAGAAGGAGAUGGAAGAAAGGGUAAGAGCACACACACAGAAAAAUGCUCUCACCAAUAAGAUGCAAGGAUUUCAGUAGCUUAUAAUUUCUGGCAAAGAUAC